GCGCGAUCUGCAUGCGGGCCCUUCCGCCUCCACGCGGGGAAGGCACGCUACCAAGAUUUCACUACUUCGAAUCUUCUCCUGCAAAAGUGCCAUCCGCUAACGUACCCCAUCCCAAGUCUAUCCGUCCAAUUCAAGAUGUCCUCCCUGCGCAACAACUUCACCCGCCGCCCCCACCGCGAGCGCGCCCAACCCGCCUCCCGCUCCAAAUGGGGCCUGCUAGAAAAACACAAAGACUAUUCCCUUCGCGCAGCGGACCAUAAUCUCAAGAAACGCAAACUCAAAGCACUAUCCCAAAAAGCGCGGGAGAGGAAUGAGGAUGAAUUUUAUUUCGGGAUGGUGAAUGAGCGGACGGAGAAGGGUGUGAAAGUGGCGGAGAGAAAUGGGAAGGAUGGGCAGAAGAGUGGGAGGUUAGGGGAGGAGACGGUGAAGUUGAUGAAGACGCAGGAUGAGGGGUAUUUGCGCACGGUUCUGGGCGGGGUUAAGAGGGCGAGGGAGAGGGUGGAGAGGGAGGUUAUGCUGGGGAAGGUUGGGGUUGGUGUGGGUUCUGUCGGUGGGCAUGGGAACGAGAGGAAGGUCUUUGGUGAGGAUGGGUUGGAAGUCGUACCGGAGCUUGAUGUGGAUGUCGAGGUGGACGGGGAGGCUGAUGACUUCGAUGACUUUAUGUCGGAAGACGAGAAGGACGAACAGCAGGAUGCGAACGACACGAAAGAUCUCACCCCCGAGCAAAUGAAAGCGAAAAGACGGAAACAGCAUACCUUCGAAGUGAAGAAACGGCAACUCGAACGGCUCAAGCAGCGGGAGGAACAACUCACGAUUGCUUUACGAGGGGUGGAGGAACAAAAGGCGCGCAUGAACGGGACCACGGGCGGCGUGAAUAAGAACGGCAUCACGUUCAAGCAGCGGCAGCGGAAGCGCUGAGAGUCUUCUUUCCUACCACCGGCUGCUUGUUGCGCGUUUCAUAGC